AUGUAAAAUAAUAACAAUAAUAAUCUCAACUUUGAAUUUAGUAAGGAUACUAAUAACCUAAAUAAGAAAUUAUAAGGAUUUUAUCGAUAAAAAGAUCAAAAGUUUGAUAAUUUCUUUGAUGAGUUAACCACAGAAUAUAAAUUAUUUAAAGUAUGACAAUCCAUAAUAUUUAGAAAAUGACUCACGAAUGUUAAAUGAAUUGUUUUGGCAAAGCUGAUUUUACUAGAAAAUAAUCUGAUGCAUGCGCUAGAUAAUGUUUAGAUGGAUAUUUAUUUAUAAGAAAAUCUAUAGGAGAUAAAAUAGGAUAAUGUGAUGUAAUUAUUAUUAAUAUUAGCAGCAUCAAUUUUAGCAAUAAGAAUCAAAAUGUAUGAGUUCAUCUGAUAUGGAUUGUAAUAAUAUAAAUAUAUUUAAGAAUGUUAUUCCAACUUAGUGAAUUCAUUAGGAGUUUGCUUAUAAUAAAAUACAUAAUUUGCAAAAGAAUAGUACAAGAGUGUGUUAUAACGUUUUUUAAAAAAAUGA